AUGGACCACCUCCAACGCGAACUCCUCCACCUCCUCCAAUCUUCCUCCCAACGCACCGACCAACUCAAUCACUCCAAAAUCCAAAAACAACCCUCACACCUUAUUUUACUCCAACUAAUUGAAGACUCCCUAGCUAAACUACAUAUCCAUUACACUCUCGCCCAAGUCAAAGCCCAACUCUCCCUCCAACCCCCACCUCUCCAACUCCACAAAGACCUCAACCGACUCAAUCUCUUACUUGAUAGGACAAAAAAGGAAAUAACAAAUUACAUCAAAUCAAACCAAAACGAUCCUAUCUCACCCGAAUAUUUAUUACACGUCAUCCAAUCUCUCAAUUACUCUCUUCUUAUCAACUAA